AAAGUCCAACUUGGAUGGAAUCAUUUCCACUCCACCCAGAACCCAAGCGGCACCCGAUCACACUCGCUCACACUGACACUCGCUCACCAAACACACAUCACUAGCUCCUAAGCUGCCGCUGCCGCUCAUGGCGUCGCCGAAGAAGGCGAGGAAGCCGCGGGCGAGGCGGCCGCUGCUGCUCCGUCGGGCCAUGCUGCACGCCUCCCUCUGCUUCCUCGUCGGCCUCCUCGCCGGCCUCGCCCCGGCCGCCCGCUGGACCGCCGCCGCCUCCGCCCACGUCUCCCGCGCACUCCACGCCGUCGACGGCGCCUUCGACCGCGCCGUGCUCCUGCUCCGGCAGCAGCAGCGGCAGCUGCGGGACGGGCGCGUCCACGUCGCCGUCCUCCCCUCGCCGGCGCCGGGGCCGCCGGCGCUGGAGCCGCUGCGGCAGCCCCAGCUGCUGCUGGUGGUGACGGCCACCGAGCGGUCCGACCCGGAGCGGCGCGCCGCGGGGCUGACGCGCGCCGCGCACGCGCUCAGGCUCGUGCCCCCGCCGGUGCUGUGGCUCGUGGUGGAGCCGGCGGCGGACGCGCUGCCCACGGCGCGCCUGCUGCGCGGCGCCGGGGUGGCGUACCGGCACCUGGCCUACCCGGAGAACUUCACGGCCGACGGCGUCGGCAUGGGGAAGGAGCGGCACCACCAGCGGAACCUGGCGCUGGAGCACGUGGAGGAGCACCGGCUCGCCGGUGUCGUGCUCUUCGCCGGCCUCGGCGACGUCUACGACCUCCGCUUCUUCGACCAGCUCAGGCAGAUCAGGACGCUCGGCGCGUGGCCGGUGGCGACGGUGUCGGAGCGCGAGCGGAGGGCGACGGUGGACGGGCCGGUGUGCGGCGGCUCGCCGUGGGCGGUCACCGGCUGGUUCUCCACGGCUGGGGCGCCGACGGUGAGGGCGAGGCCGCCGGCCGGCACGCUGGACGUGGCGCGCUUCGCGUUCGGCAGCGCCCUGCUCUGGCACCCGAGCCGGUGGGACAGCUUCCCCGUCUCCGAGCCCGACGCCUCACAGGAUUCCGUAAAGUUUGUGCAGCGGUUGGCUGCGGAGGAUUACAACAAGUCGAGGGGGAUGCCCAACCGGGAUUGCUCGGAGAUCAUGGUGUGGCGCGGAGAUCAGUUCGUCGCAACCUAGAUUCAGUUACUAACGCUAACUGGUUGAAUGAUGUGCCAUGCCAUAGAACAACAAAUUUAAACACACACCAAAUUUAGACAUACUUUACGCAUCUAGCAGGGCGACCUAAUGAGUGCACAAGUCUACUCUGCGCAUCGGCGAAUAUACACAGGUGCGAUGGUAGUAGACGUUAUCACUUAUUGCAUGGUAUUAUCUCCGUCCUGAUUUACUAGUCCCCGUCGUAUUUUGGUCAAAGCUUGACCACGUAUUUGACUUGCAAAAUGUGAAUGCAUGUCAUCAAAAAAAAUAUCAUUGGAUUCAUGUCUGAAUGUAAUUUCCAAUGAUAUUAUUUUUGCUACGUAUAACAUAUAUUUUAUUUGUUAAAAUUAUGGUCAAAAUAUGACCCA